AUGCGUCGGGAACGACUGCUAUUCCACUUUCUGGCGUUUAGCCUGCUUUCCUUGCUGGCCUCUGCCGACGAGCACAAUCACCUCUACGAAGACGGCGACGAGGUUGUCCUAUGGAUGAGUACUGUAGGACCGUAUCAUAAUCGUCAAGAGACGUACUCCUAUUAUUCCCUACCCUUUUGUACAGGCAUCAAGAAUGUUAUUAAUCAUUAUCACGAGACCCUAUCAGAGGCUCUACAAGGGAUUGAAUUGAAGUUCAGUGGCUUAGAUAUCGAAUUCAAAGAGGAUAUCUCAAAAACAGAAUACUGCCAGAUAAGUUUAAAUGAAGAAAGCCAGAAAGCAUUUGUGUACGCAAUAAAAAAUCAAUAUUGGUAUCAAAUGUAUAUUGAUGAUUUGCCAAUAUGGGGUGUUGUAGGGGAAUUGGAAAACAAUGAUGGAGUUGCGGUAUCAGAUUCCUAUUAUAUCUGGACGCACAAAAAGUUUGACAUUGGGUAUAAUGGUAAGCAGAUAGUGGAUGUUAACCUGACCAGUGAAAACAAGGUGAAGCUGGUGCAGGGUGCACGUAUAUCUUUCAGCUAUGAAGUCAAUUGGAAAAAGAGUAAUGUCAAAUUUGAGGAUAGAUUUGACAAGUAUCUGGAUCCUAACUUCUUUCAGCAUAGAAUACAUUGGUUUAGUAUCUUCAAUAGUUUCAUGAUGGUGAUCUUUCUCGUCGGGCUCGUGUCAAUGAUUCUGAUGCGCACUUUAAGAAAAGAUUACGCUCGAUACAGCAGGGACGAAGAAAUGGAUGAUAUGGAAAGGGACUUGGGUGAUGAAUAUGGCUGGAAGCAGGUUCACGGAGAUGUUUUUAGGCCUGCGAGUCAUGCUAUGCUCUUCUCAGCUCUUAUAGGUGCGGGCUAUCAGGUCACAGUGGUUGUACUGAGUGUAAUUAUCUUUGCGAUCCUGGGCGAGCUAUAUACAGAACGCGGGUCGAUGCUAUCGACGGCGAUAUUUGUAUACGCUGUCACAUCGCCUAUCAAUGGUUACGCGGGAAGCGGACUAUACGCGCGGAUGGGCGGACGCGUCUGGAUUAAACAGAUGCUCCUCAGCGCUUUCAUGUUGCCGCUCAUGGUCUGUGGCACUGCUUUCUUCAUCAAUUUUAUCGCCAUGUAUUAUCACGCCAGUAGAGCAAUACCUUUCGGAUCCAUGGUCGCAGUGACAUGUAUCUGCAUAUUUGUGAUAUUACCGCUGACAAUGGUAGGUACGAUUCUAGGCCGAAAUCUCGCCGGGACGCCCGAUGCUCCGUGUCGCGUGAAUGCGGUGCCUCGACCGAUACCCGAGAAGAAGUGGUUCAUGGAACCGCUAGUGAUCAUAAUGCUCGGCGGAAUCUUACCUUUUGGUUCGAUCUUUAUUGAAAUGUACUUCAUUUUUACCUCCUUCUGGGCGUACAAGAUCUACUAUGUUUAUGGCUUUAUGUUAUUAGUAUUCGUUAUUCUUAUGAUAGUGACCGUAUGCGUUACUAUCGUAUGUACAUAUUUCUUGCUAAAUGCCGAAGACUAUCGAUGGCAGUGGACGAGUUUUCUUGCAGCGGCUUCGACGGCCGGUUACGUCUACAUUUAUUCCUUUUAUUACUUUUUCUUCAAAACUAAAAUGUACGGUCUCUUCCAAACGGCGUUUUAUUUCGGAUACAUGGCGUUGUUCAGCUUGGCCCUAGGUAUUAUGUGCGGGACAGUCGGAUACAUCGGUACCAACGCAUUCGUGCGGAAGAUAUAUUCCACGGUAAAAAUAGACUAAAAAGUAUAUUGCUGAAUAUAAUAUAUACUAUCAUUUACAUCGUGAGUCGAACGAUGUAAUUUCCGUGCAGCCUGUGAUGCUCACGAUGUUCUCGACAAAAUGAAGUAUACAUUUCUUCAUUUGUCUUGAAACAGUCCAUUAUGUCACCCGAGAAUGCGAUUUUUUUCUUACGUUUAUCAUUGGUUCAAUUAAUCCAACUGCGACUAGAAAAAUAUCACCGACCAACAGUAUCCUUAUUAAUCUUCCAACAGAACUCACGUCACGUACUACCUACGAUAUUCAAACAAUGUUCUCGCAUCUCAUUUAUUAAUUCUUCUUUUAAAUUGCUAUAUUUCAUGCAAGUAAAGAUGCGCUGUAAAUGGAUUUUACUGUACUAGUACGCGCGCACAUGUCGCAAUGCAGUCAUCUGUCAAUAAUAAAAUGAUAAUUGUAAGUAUUAGUCGAAUUCCAUAUGUGAGUCUGAAUAAUUAUAUGAAUGAAAAUUCUGCAAUCGUGCGCAAAAUUAUAUUGUUAUAUAUUUUUGUUUCAAUAUCAAAUUUACCACUGGUAUAUUAACAAAAUUAUAACAUGAUGAAUAUUUAUAUACUUAAUUUAAUAAUUAUAUAUGUAUAUGUGUACACAUAUCACACACAACAUACAUGCACAGACACAUAUACACAUAUACAUAUAUAUAUAUUUAUAUAUAUAUAUAAACAUGAUUGCAUUUAUAUGUGUAUGAACAUGUGUUUUUUGGAAUGUCUCAAUGCUGCAAUAUUUGUCGCUGUCUCACUUGUCGACAGUAAAAAAUUGAUCAAACUAUUGAUAUUCAACUAUCAAGGGAAGAUUGAAAAGUUUCAUCUUGUUCUUUGACAAAAAAAGCAGAGCUUUUGAUUCGGGCAAAGCGUAAUGGUUUAUAAAGCGAAAUAAUGUUUUCCAUCUCUUGAAAAAAAAAAUACAAAGUAGAAUCUUAUAAUAUCGAAAGCUCUAAUAAACAAGAGUGGAUAUUGAAAAGCAAAAGUAUAUUAUAAUUUACCAACAUGAUAGUUUUAUAAGACUUUUGCAUCGAUAUGCAAAUUGUGUAAUGGAGAUAUAAUUGUAACUAGACUAAUUUUAAAUUCUGUGACUAUUAAAUCAAUUUGCCAAUUUGAUUAUCAGUGGAAAACUCUUAACUUAUGAUUAGGUUCUAGUAGUAGUUCAAAUGAAGAGGAGAAAUCGUGAAUGCAUAGUAUUCAUAGUAAGGUUUCCUUAUAUGCGGUAUCGUAACUCUGUAUUAUUUUUUCUCUUCGUUCGAAUAUUUCCAUUGUUACUUUGAACGAAUCCUCGCUCCUGAUUCUCUUCCGCACUGUAUACCGCAUUGCUGUUGAAAAAGUGAGAAGUUAAAAUUUCAUAACACAGUUAGAGAUAGGUACUUGUGGAUACUAUUCGCGAAAAAUAUAACGACGAGUGUAUUAUAUUUCAUUAAUUUUAAUGAAAGAGAGACUAAACGUCGGUGAGAGUCUUCGAAAAUAAACGAUUUGUUGUUAGAUGUAGCGAUUCUAAAAAAAUAUAAAAUUUCUACGUAUACACAA